AUGUGCGACUGUGGAAAACGUUACGACAGUCGACGUCGUGAAGGCGCCAGAAAAAAUAGAUUAUUUAAUUCUUCUGAAAGACAAACGAUCGUUGAAUUGAAAUGCACUAUAAUCCAGAAGAAUAGAAUAUAUUUUUCUAAGGAAAUACAUAAGAAUUUAAGAUGCUACAUGUGUGCUUCGAUAAACAAUCCUGGCUGUGAAACAGAUCCUCAGACACACAAUAUUCCACUUACGGAAUGUACUUUAAAUUCGAUGGUGGAGUGGAAACAUAAUAUUCAACAACAUACUAUUUGGAAUUCGAUAGCUCCGAUUUUCGACGUUGACGAAUCACAAUAUCAUCUAUCUGUUGCUCCAAUGGCUUGUGCCAAAAUGAUUAUGCGGGUAGCUAAUAAUCAAAACAUCACAGUAAGAAGUUGCCAAGUAGCAAAGACAGAGAACAUUGAUCCAUGCAAAACGAUGGAAGGGAUGUUAGCUGCCAAUAAUUACAAACUGGAAUUUUGUGAAUUGUGCACGGAGGACGCUUGCAACAGUUCGAUUGCAAUUUCGUCAAAAAUUUCCCUUACGCUGUUAUCCGUUCUUGCAGCUGUACUUCUGGGCUGUUCUUAUAACAACGCGUAACCUUUAUAAUAUAUGAAGUUGCGGAGUGUUGAUUGCAAUCAUCCUCAGAGACAGGUUACUCGUUAAUCGAUUCAUAGCGUAUUCUAAAAUUUGAAAGCACACACAUAUACAUAUAUAUUGUUCAUAAAUAUUCCACGUUAUGCCGCGAGUAUGAAAUCAUGUAAUGAAUACCUGCGGCAUAAACUCAUUGUAAGAACGAAAAGACAAAUUUGAAAGUUUCAGUGUUGUUAGAUCAAUCUCUGAGAAUAACGAGUAAAUUAUUUUUCCGUGUAUCUUUUUAUACAAUUUUUUAUUUAUACUUUCCGUACGAAAAACGUCAUUUCCUAUUUCGUAUAGUUGAAGCAUAAAUUGGCUAGAAUAAAUUGUUUAGCAAAUUUUAUAACAUCGAAUUCGAGAACUUCAUGUCUGUAUAGUUAUAUUUAAUAACUAAUAAAACAUUAUAGUGAUUGUAUUGAUGAUGGUAUGUGUGUCAUAAAUAUUGGAAUGUUUAUUGUAUUUAUUAAAUUGCAUUUGUGAUUCAGUUCAUUGAGCACGACUUUAUAAGCAAUACAUAAAUACAUGUAUGUUAUAUACUUAUAUUAUAUGAACGAAGAAGCUUAAAUAUAAAAUUUUGGCCAAUGUUUAUAUCAUAGAACGCUAUUAGCUGCACAAGAUCGAAUAUCGUUGAAAAUGAUAUUAUUGAAAAUUGUCAUGAGCAAUAAAUACAUAUAUAUAGAGAGAGAAAUAUUGUAUUGUCAUUAAAAAUUCAAUUUGUAAAAAAUUAAAGUUAUACCAGAAAAAAAUUUUUUUGAACUCCAUAGAAGAAUGUGGAGCAAAAUGACACUAACAAGAAAUGCAAAAGAAGCCAAAUACAAUAUCCAUACACCGUUUAUUACAGCAUUUUUAAAAUAACCUUCAAUUUAAAGUAAAAUUACAGCAACCAAAAACUUCAAUAAACUAAUUGACUUCUUUAAUUGAAUUUUUAGGGUAAGUAUAUAAAAAUAUGUAGAGUAAGUAAUAAUAUGUUUUUUUUAUUGAUGUAUUUGAAAAAGAAACAUAAAAUUCAUAUAAAUUAAUAUCUAUAGAUAUGUUAAAUAAAAUGUUAAAGACUUCGAUUUUCAUUUUUUAGUACAUCGAUUACAGUAGGAUGAAUCAUUGUACUUUUAUUGUAACAUUACGUUUUAAAAUUAAUUUUUUCUGUUCUACAAGACAAAACGUAUAAAUUUCACUUGACAACCAGCUUGUUAAUUGGAAAUAUUCUCGAAUUUUCAAGAUAGUAGUUUUCCACUUUUUAGGAUUUGUUUCAUUCUUCUUUGAAGUGCUUUUAUCAAUGUAAUUUUUUCUGCACUAUUUAAUUAUUUAAUUAUUCCUCUGUAUCUUGGAAUUAUCUUAUUUCAGUAUUUAGGUAUUUUUUAAUUCAACUACAAAUUUAUGAGAAAAUAACUAAUAAAAUAGAUUAAAUUAUUUAUUUUUAAUUAAAAAAAAUAUAUAUACUGAUACUAUGUAUCGUUAUUGAAAAAAUUCAAAAUUUGGUA